UCACGGAUGGACAUCAGAUUUUAUCCUCAGCAUUUCCAUCCACGGCUUUCUUUUUAUGCUCGCGGACAAUACCCAGACGCUCGUGACGUGUGACGCUGCGCAGUGCAGGUUGGAUGCUCCAUCACACCAUAAGCAAACUCGUUUUUUUCACAGAAGGAUCCCCCGCGCUUGUGCUGUGGAUCAGUCCUCCUUGCCCCAUACAUUCUAGCGAGGUUAGCGCGGCUUACAGCGCAGACGGACCAGACAGUGCGUUUGUGAGGAUACGCCGCAGAGCGCACGGCUCAUGCAAGAUUCUGCUCCACGCAACUCCAACACAAAUGGAUAUUUACGUGGCUCUUUUGUCCUUUUUCUGGUUCACCAAGCCAGCUUUUGGUUUUGGAUCAGGUCAGGACUACCAGAUCGAUAUCAUCCAUGAACUUGACUCAGCAAACGCCACCUAUGGUAUUACCCAGGUGGCAGGACUUCACAACGGCAGCAAAGCUUUCAUUUUUCGAGAUGUAGGGAGAGCUGUUCAGGCCCCUCCGCACAUAAUGGAAAAAUUGGUGCAGCUCUUCAGGAGCAAAAGUGAGUUCACCUUCCUAGCCUCCAUCCAGCAGAAGUCUUCCUCAUCAGGAGUCAUAUUCUCAAUCCACGAGUCAGAACACAGUUACUUUGAGCUGGAGAGCAGCGGUGUGAGGGAGGAGAUCCGCUACCACUACCGAUUCAAAGGCAAGCCGCGCUCCGAGAUCUUCCCCUACCGUCUGGCUGAUGGUCAGUGGCACAAGAUCGCUCUCACCAUCAGCGCCUCUCACCUCCUGCUGUACGUGGACUGCAACAGGAUUUAUGAGCGGGUGAUAGACCCUCCUCAGAUGGAGCUCACCUUGGGCAGUGGAGUGUGGCUAGGACAGCACAGCCACAAGCAUGGUCUGUUCAAGGGAAUUAUUCAGGAUGUGAAGCUGAUCUUUGCUCCCAAUGGCUAUAUCACACAGUGUCCAAGUCUUAACCGCACCUGUCCAACUUGCAGCGACUUCCUUAACCUUGUGCAAGGCAUCAUGGACCUGCAGGACGUACUUGCCAAGAUGACCCUAAAGCUGAACUAUGCUGAGUCAAGGCUGACUCAACUUGAAGGCUGUCACUGCGAGAGGACCUGCAGCGCCAAUGGCAUUGUGUACCGGGAUAAAGAGCUGUGGGUGGAGACUAAAAACUGCAGGAAUUGUGCAUGUAAUAAUGGAGUGGUGGAGUGUCGCAGGAUUUUCUGUCCUCCAGCAAAUUGCUCAGAAGACAUGCUCCCAGUGCAUGUUGAAGGAACCUGCUGCAAAAUAUGCAGACCUAAAUGUAACUACAUGGGACAGACAUUUUCUGAGGGCCAACGCUUUCUAUCCAGGAGCUGCAGGGAAUGCAAGAACGGCCUGAUGAUGAAAGUGACGGAAACCUGUCCAGAGCUCAACUGUACCAUCAGCGAGCAGAUCUUACCAGAGGGCAGGUGCUGCAAUGUUUGCAAAGGUUACGACUUUUGUGCAGAGGGACUAAUUUGUGGAGAAAACUCUGAGUGUAAAAACAGGAAUACUAAAGCAGAGUGCGAAUGCAAGAGUGGCUAUGCUUCCAUCCAUGGGGAUUCUACUUAUUGUGAAGAUAUUGAUGAGUGUGCAACGCAGAUGCAUUACUGUCAGGCCAACACGGUGUGCGUCAACCUUCCCGGCAGCCAUCGAUGUAACUGUUUGCCAGGUUUGACCAGAGUGGAUGAAUACUCCUGCACCGAACAUGAUGAGUGUGCAAGUGGCAAAAAUGUGUGUGAUGAAAAUGCCAUCUGCACCAACACCAUCAGAGGACACCUGUGCACCUGCAAGCCAGGCUACGUGGGCAAGGGCACCAUCUGCAAGGCUUUUUGUGAGGAAGGCUGCCGGAGUGGAGGUACCUGUGUAUCUCCAAACACCUGCGUGUGUCCUUCAGGAUUUACAGGACGCCACUGUGAGACAGAUAUUGAUGAAUGUGCAGAGGGCCUCAUUGAAUGCCACAACCAUUCCAGCUGUGUCAACCUGCCCGGCUGGUACCACUGUGAAUGCAGAAAUGGUUUCCAUGAUAAUGGCUCAUACGAACCUGAUGGGAGCUCCUGCAUUGACAUUGAUGAGUGCAGUUUGCAGACACACACCUGCUGGAAUGACAGUGUAUGCGUGAACCUACCCGGAGGCUAUGACUGCGUGUGCGUAUCUGGUCCGGGUUGCAGUGGCGUCUGUCCACAGGAAGAAGGAAUCAGACGCAACGGAGAAGACUGGAAGCCAAAUUUUGACCACUGUGCUAUAUGCUCCUGCAAGGACGGACAAACAUACUGCAGAAGGAGACCUUGUAACUGUGAAGACCCAGACGAGGAUCUGUUAUGUUGUCCGAGCUGUGACAACAAGCCAGUUAAUCAGUGUUUGGACCAGAGCGGACGAGCGCUCUACCGCAGCGGAGCGUCUUGGAUGUAUGGUUGCCAGCAGUGUCGCUGCAUGGUUGGGGAGGUGGAAUGCUGGCCUUUGGUAUGUCCCGUGUUGAUGUGCGAACACACAACAAUGGCGGAAGGCGAGUGUUGCCCACGCUGCAUCAGAGACCCCUGCCUGGCUGAAAACCUGUCCUAUGAUAUCCAGGAGACGUGCAAGGAUCCCACAGGCGCCACCCGCCUCAGCGGGGACACAUGGGCCAUGCCCCAGUCACCCUGCACCACCUGCAGGUGUAAGAAUGGGAACGUUUGCUGCUCCAUGGAUCUCGACUGCCUUCAGAACAACUAAAGCUCUCCUCCCCUUUCUUCCACUGCUGGGCUGCCACACAGCCUCCACCAUCUCACGAAUCUCCCUGUGGAUUCACAACACAGAUUUGCGUGUGUAUGUCAGCGUUUGCACAGAAAACACACAGGACAGACUUGGCGCAGAGGCUGUGCUUUUAUGCCGUAACUGUGACAGCGAAGUGUGAGCAAGUGUGGGUGUGUGAGACUCAAGAGGGAAACUGAGGCCAUUAUCCCUCCCACAACAGUCGCCGUGUUAUAUCUUGAGUUUGAUCCCCCUUUAUGAAGCAAUAGUGAGAUUUGGAUUUGAUUUGAGGCAGUAAAAAAAAACCAUUGGAUAUGGGUUGUGUUACUUAGGCUACGUUCACACUGCAGGCUGAAACGACCCAAUUCCGAUUUUUUUGCCACUAUGCAACCCCAUUCCGAUGUUUUCAUGACAGUCUGAACGACACAGAUCCGAUCUUUUCAAUUGCGACCCAGGCCACUUGGGUAUGCCGUCCUGAUUCCGAAACGUAUACGAUCUUUUCAAUUGCGACCGCCGUUUGACCGGCCAGGCGGCUUGAUUCUGAACCAUACGUCAUCGAUACGCAACAAACGUCAUCAUUUUGCGUUGAAGUAGGCGGGAACGAAACAUAAACAACAACCAUGGCGGACGAUGCUGCUGAGAUC